AUGGAGGACAGGGAAGAGUCUUCAGGGUUGAGUUACCAUGUGGGCAAGCAGUCUGUGUCUUUCUUGGUUUACAAGUUCUUGGAAGGAGGAAGCUUGCCAGAGAGACUGAGGAAUGAUGAAAAAGUGACAGAGUUAGAUUGGAUUAAGAGGGUGAACAUUGUAAAAGGGGUGGCAUAUGUAUUAUCUUAUAUGCAUCAUGAAUGUUCACCUCCUAUUCUUCACCGGGAUAUAUCAAGUAAGAACGUUUUGUUAGAUCAUGAAGACAGGCCUCAUCUUUCCGAUUUUGGUACUGCAAAACUCUUAAGGCCAAACUCUUCUAACUGGACUUCUUUUGCUGGAACUUUUGGAUAUGUGGCUCCGAAGCUUGCUUACACAAUGGAGAUAAAUGAAAGCUGUGAGACCUACAGCUCUGGAUUGCUAUCAUUGGAAGUGAUUUUAGGUCAACAUCUUGCUGAUCUUGUUCAUACUAAAGCAAGGAUGGAGAUGUUUAUCCAAGGUGAAGACUAUGAAUUAUGGGAUAGGAUCACUGAUGGUCCUACCAUUCCAAUGAAGACAGUUGAUGGUGCACAAGUCAGGAAAGAAAGGAACAAAUUUACUACUGAUGACUUGGUGGCUCUAAGAAAAAAUACAAAAGUUAAGAACAUCCUCGUCUAUGGAUUAGGACCUGCUGAAUACAAUAGGGUGUCAAUUUGCACCACUGUUAAGCAAAUUUAG